UGUUAGUGUGUUUAGCUGGGGUUGUACACAUGUAGAAAUGAUUUACCUCAAAGGUGGAGUCCUGAUUUAGCUCUGGUAUUAUUGGACUUUAAAAUAACCAUAAAUUUUGUCAUGUCGUCAAAGGUACGCCGGUAAAAACCUGAUUCCAGGCAAAUGUUGUUGCACUUAAACACACUCCUAACUCAAUGCAUAGUGUCUGUAUGAGUCGUAAAUAUGACCACACAGCUGCUAAAACGAGUUUUAGAGUCAAUCGCGUGCUCAUGCCCACUUCCUCUUGUGACGGUUCCUCCAUUUUACGCACCGAAGCGCCGUCCCUCGCAGUCCCCCCCCUCCUCCUCUGUGGCUCUCGCCGAGCCUCCGCUGUUUAAAUGGGCCAAGUUGAGAAGCGGCGGAGAGUGCAAAUCUUGUUUGGUCUGGGUCUGUGAACUUCAGCGUGACUUCAACGACAUACACAGGGGUUAAAAAACAACUCUUUCCAAACUUUCAACUGUAUUAAUGUUGCGCAAAUACUACUUCAGGAAUAUCUGAGCCCGAUAUGUUUGGCUUGUGUGUGUCUGAUGAAUGCCAUAUGCCACAUUUAAGGUUUAGGAUCAGCAGUAACGUACUGUUAUUAGUUCCUUUUUUUUAUUGCCUUCACUGGCUGUGAAAUUGUAUCUUGGUCAGAUUUAAGCUCCCCGUUACUGACUCGAUGUGCGUUGUUUUUUUGUUUGUUUUUUUCAAUUCAAGAUUUUUUACUCAGUGAAUAUUAAAAAAAAAAAAAUCUCUUCUAACUUCCCCAAAGAAAUAAGAGACACGACGCGUGUAGUCGCGACUGGUAAUGAUCACCGUAGGUAACAUAAUGUCCGCGGCUCAGGGCUACCCAGCAUGUCAGGUAUUAACAGAGCGAGCGUGAUUAAAUGUGGGAGGUAGGAGCUGUGAGGCUGGCGGAGAGCGCUGCCGCCGCUGCGAGCUGGAAACUACUGAAUGGGAAUCUAUCCGGCAACUUCACCAGACCGCUGUCUCACGGCGACACAGGGGCUCUGCGUAAAACCAAGCGGCGCGUCUCCAAGUCUGGGUCAGCCCAACUCACAGACGGAGAGGACGCUCAAGUUGGAUCGGGCGAGCAGCUUUUCACUUGUUACCGGCGCUCGGCUCCCACUAACAUGCCUGCCAUCAAAAAGGAGAGGUUGGAUGGAGACGACAUGGCAUUGACUGCGUUCAACCAGUCCGAAUACCUGGCCCCUUUAAAUGCCACCGCGAUCCCCGUGGUGACCCCGCAUCCGCCGCCCUACGACCACAUUUUUGCCCAUCACCGCGCGUACUUGGGGCUCCACGACUCAGCGGCGCUGCAUCACCAGCACCUCCACCAUCACACGGACGACUUAAUGCUGGAGAGGUUCUCCUCCAUCCCCGACUUUCAGCCCUUCUUCGACAACGGGGAGCCGUGCAUCGAGGUGGAGUGCGGCGAAAACAAGGCUUUGCUUUAUAUCAAUAAAUUGUGUCAAGGUAGUAAGGGACCCUCAAUUAAAUACAGGGGCGAGUGGCUUACCCCCAACGAGUUCCAGUUUGUCAGUGGACGAGAGACUGCCAAAGAUUGGAAACGGAGUAUUAGACACAAAGGGAAAAGUCUCAAGACUCUUAUGUCCAAAGGAAUCUUACAGGUGCAUCCUCCAAUCUGCGAUUGUCCUGGUUGUCGAAUUUCAUCUCCAGUGAACCGCGGGCGCUUGGCUGAGAAACGCACCAUCCCUUUGCCUCCAAACCGGGUGCCCAAGAAGGAGCUGGCCUCCAUCUUCAGCAGUGACGACAGCGAAGGCAGCGACCGGGCCAGUGGGGAUCAUGCCCACAUCAAACAAGAGGACGAGCUGCAUUACAGUAUCAUGAGAAAAAGUCGUGACAGUGACCUCUCUACAAUCAUCUCCAACCUGCACCACACCAGACAGCACGGCAUGCCCGAGGGCCAGUCAGCCUCUGACCACAACACCAGUACUGGACACACAGAUGACCUUCUAGGCAAGAGGAGAAGCUUCUCUCCCAACAGCAGCAGCGAGUGUCCCUCUGACAGCAAGAAGUCACGUAGCGUAUCCCCCAAAGAGAACUCCCAGAGCCCGGUGGUGGAGGCAGGCGGCAGCCACGGCCACAUGAGCCCUGAGGAGCACUACAGGCGCAUGAUGUCAGCGCUCAGUGAGCAAGGGUCCUAUGAGGAGCAGCAGCAACGGCUCUACCAGCUGGCGAGCAGCAUGGGCCUGCCUGGCCACGACAUGCUGCGUGCUCGCCAGGAGGCAUUGGCUGCGGCGGUGAGGAAUCCAGCGGCCUUAGAAGCUCACCUGCCCUCUGCGGGCAGCUCCUCUUCGUCCAGCCAGAGACGCAAGCAGGGUCUGCCGCAGCACCGGGACGCACAUUACACCGAUAGAGAGCUGUCCCACCCUCCACCUCUACUGUCUCCUCCAACUGCCCCACACAUCGCCUUAGGACCUCACCUGCGGCCUCCUUUCCUAGGCAUGCCCUCUGCACUUUGCCAGGCCCCUGGUUAUGGUUUCCUCCAACCAGCUCAAGCUGAGAUCUUUGCUCGUCAACAGGAGAUGUUGAGGAAGCAGAAUCUGGCCAGACUUGAGAUGUCGGCAGAGCUGCUUCGACAGAAAGAGUUGGAAAGUCUCCACCAGCGACAGCAGCAGCAGCAGCAGCAGCAGCGUCUUCUGGGCUCUGACCACCUGGGAGCUCUACCGCAUGGCCUUUCACCGGACCAUCCGGCCCUGCGCAGCCUCCAUGACAUCCCAGAGGGCCAUCCACUCCGUGAGGAACUGGUCCGCCGCUCCAAUGCAAUGCUGGUGCUUCGCCAUGGGGCUGCCACACCCCUCCUAACCCUCAACCAUCAGCAGCAACAACAACAACCAGGGGUGCCCUCCACACCCAAAGAGACCCAGGCACAAAGCUCCACUGCUGGGCAAGAUGCUGACAGGAAGGCCUCCCGCAGGGGCCCCCAGACGCAGCUCCGCGGUGGGGAUCAUACAGGAGGGAGAGAGGACAGGGGAAGGGAGGGAGACAGGGAGGUGCAGGAUGAGGAGAUGAAGGACUCGGACAGCGAGACAGAGAUGUGUGAGGAGAGGCAGGACAGUGUCAGUGCCAAGUCCAGCAGUAAGCCCAGGGAGAGGGACGGGGGUAAAGAGACUGGCAGCAAGGGAGUGUGUGACAGUGCCAAGGAGACUGGAGAGAACUCAGGCAGGCUGAGCGCUCCUUGUAGCUCAGCAGGUACCGAGUCACCCAGUCGCCAUCUUUUCACCCCUGGACUGGGCAAAGUUGACGUCAAGUAUCACCUGCCACCUGGGUUCAUACCACCACUGCCUGCUCUUCACGCCCAGUCAUUGCCGUUUGGAUUCCCGUACGCCAACCCUUACUUUCACACGGGCUCUGUGGGAGGUCUUUUCAUGGAUGGGGAGGACUCAGCCUCGGCAAACCCUGUGGAGGACAUCAGCAAGUGGAGUGUGGAGGACGUGUGUGGCUUCAUAAGCAGCCUGGCCGGAUGUGCUGAAUACACACAGGUGUUUCGGGAGCAGGCCAUUGAUGGAGAGACAUUACCGCUGCUCACUGAGGAGCACCUGCUCAACACCAUGGGACUAAAGCUGGGGCCUGCGCUCAAGAUCCGCUCACAGGUGGCACGCCGUGUUGGCAGGCUUUUCUACAUGACUGGAUUCCCGCUGGCGUUCCCGUUUCCACCUUCUGCUGCGCUGCGCCCCCCAGAACGGGAUCGGGACCCCCUGACCACACCAUCUGACACCCCCCUGCCUCUCUCCCUAUCCCUGCCCCACAGACCCACCUCCACCAGCAGUAGCUCCUCACCGUACAGCGGCCCUACCCCCGGGUGCUCCUCCCCCAAGCAGGAAAACGGCAAUGGCGCCACUGUGGGAGGAAGAUACGAGGCCAAAACUCCUUCGUAGGAGAGGGACGGGCAGGGGUGAGGAGGGCAAACCUGCCUCAAACUAUACAGAUAAGGUUGGGAUGAGAGAUUGAGUCCCAGGCCUUAUUUACCAGACCCCAACCCCAUACCCACUUUGGGACCUUUUAUGCUACAAUUUAUGGGAAAAUAUUGGACUGGAAAAAAAGACAAGAGGACGAUAUGACCCGUAUCUGACAAACCAAUCAGCUUCUGCAUCCCUCGGCAGUGGCUGUAGCCGAGCAGAAUCCAAACAAACUGGGUUGGAAGGGAGACACGUGAAGAGACAGAGGAACAGAGAAAGAGAAAAAGGAGGAAAAGGAGACAGCUGGUCAGAGACAGCCUGCCAAAAAAAAAAAGAAAAAAAAAGGAGCUAAGCCCUGCCACAAAUGCGACAUUCUUGCAAGUCAGACAGUCAGACGCUAGCGGAAACUCUUCCUUCCUUCCUGGGCUGGAGGAAGCUCUGCUCACUCACUUUCUUUCUCUUGUCUCUAUCUCUCUGACUGCUCUCACCACAAGCCCUGUAGAACCCAGGAAUUAAAAAGAGACGCCUCUCCUGUUUUUUUUUUCUUUCCCUCCCUCCCUCCUCGCCUGUUUUCCCGAGGCCAAACAGCAGCGUUGAGCUGUCUCUGUAAAGGCUGGAGUUGAAGCAUAUGCUGAGCAGCACCAGAUCUGACCAGCUCCCUCUUAUCACUGCAACUAUGCAUUCCACUGUCCCGAUACCAAAGAUGACCGGAUGUGUGGAAUUAGAAACAUGUUUCACAAUGUGUCUGCUUCUUUUUUUGCAUUAAUGGUCUCAGAGAAAGACUGGUCCAACAGGGAAAUGCUAGGCUAGUGCCUCACGUGAUGGACUACAUUAGAGGUGACACAGGUAGAGCUGUCAUUACAAACGCUUACAGAUGUCGGCGAAAAGUGGAGAAACCUCAACGAGAGGAGGCUCACAUUAUUGUACGCUUAUGUUGACUACUGUGGGAGGUAGGAAAAACAUGCAAAAUUGUACAGAAUCAUGCUUAAGAUGAAAAUAUCCUGAAGGUUACAUACGUGGUACUUUUACUUUCUGUUAAAUGUAGUUGCACGAAUAAGGUUUUCUUUACUGAAAAAUGUGACUUGCUGAACUUUGGUGGUACUUUUGUUCAUACUUUUUUUUUUUUUUUGUUCUGCCAUUUUAUUUUUAAAGUGUAAUAUUAAAAGACGCUCCAAUCUUGAAUGCUACUUCAGCAUAUAAAUAUGAGGAAAAAAAUAUUUAUAGGACUUUUGAUGUAGUAGAUAAAGCAGAUUAUGAUAUGUAUUAUAAUUAGCCCUUAAAAUGGAUUCCAAAGAUACUUUUACUUUGUUUUCUCUUGGUUGCAGGGAAAAGAAAGGCACAAAGCUCUUAAUGCAAAUGUUUUGAAUUUGUUAUGGAUUUUUUUUUUUAAAACUACGCAAGCAAUUAAUUAAAAAAAUGGUCUCUAGAUUUCCCUUCAAAGGUUUUGUCUUCAUCCUAUUUUUCUAUUCACCACACAGGUGAAAUAAAUCCUAAAGAAACUCCUCCGCUGUCUUGUGUUUGUGUGCGCGCCUGCAUCAGAUAACGUACGUACUUUUUUCCUCCUCAGGUGUUUGUGGUUCUUGUGUGUGUAAAAGAAAAGAAAUGUGCAGGAGUAUGCGGUCUCCUGAUGUGUGUGAAGGGGAGGUGACCCAUGGGGGGCACAGUUCAGGUCAACACCAGCUGUCAAGAGUGUGAAGUUCAGCCGCAGGCCAAGGCCUCCUUUGCCUGUGGGGAUAAACCUGAACCUCCUCAUCCACCCACACACACACACACAUACACACAGAGGACCCGGACCAGGAACAGCCCCUACUCACUCUUACCUUCCCCCCUUCAAAGAGUUUACACUGAAGCAGUAUGCUCUACACACUCUGCUGGGACUUCCCCUCGCUUUAGGCUGGGCCUCUGCACCACAAGAUUCUGUAUUCUGUACUGAAAGUGACUACAGAGGAAAUGUGACGACACAAAAAUGUUUCUCAAAUCAAAUCUUCAUUCUGGUGUUAAAACUAUGUCAAACAACUCUUCUGCCCUGUAUUGUGCACCAGUGAAUGCACAAAAUAAUCGUUAACCCUACAGAAGGCCAGAAUCUGAAUGAGAAGGCUGGUGAAGUCAGGGAAAGAAAAGGGGAUAAGUUGAAGUAAGAAAUCUGUGUCUGAGCAUGUGAAUGCACAGACAGAAAGACAGUGGUCUGGGCGGGGGGUGGAUGAGGAGUUGGCACAGAAACAGACCAGCCUGUGUUGCUGCUCUACCACCUGGGCAGAGAGUCUUGGCACAGCAUCAGACGCCACCCUGCCAGCCUGGCACAGUACUACUGCCUCAGGGCCGAACACCCGCCUCUCUGUACCCCUCCUCUUGGCUGGCCCAGCCUGGCUCGGCCCAGCUCAGCGAGGCUUGUAGCUCUCUCCAAAAUAGCCUGUCCUCACAAAGCCUGAGGGUGUCUACAGGUGUGCACAUGUACGGAGGACACAAAUGAUUCGUUUCAGGUGCACUUGUGCAUCAACAUGCACGUACACGCUUCAAUUAAUUAGUACUGAAAAAAAAAAAAA